GAGGAGUUCGCAGACGGCCAGUGCGAGACCGGGUCGUGCGCGACAGAGGACCUGUGGUGGGACAGCCGGGACGAGCGGGAGCCCUUCGGCGGCGGCCUCGCGGAGGAGCUCCUGCGCGGGCUCGCCGAGGGCCUCCGUGCCCCCCCGGCGGGCCUCCCCGCCGGGGGCGGCCCCGCGGGGCAGCCGCCGCCCGUCGAUAGCGCGCCGCCUGGCGGCGGACCGCUGCCGCCCGGCGCGGCGGCGGAGCCGGGCCGCGAGGAGGCGGCCGGCGGCGUCUCGAAGCCGGCUCCCGAGCUCACGCCGGCGACGUCACGGACCGUCCACUUCGACGUGUGCAGCGAGAGCUCCGACUCCGACUCCGAUUCCUCGGUGACCAGGUCUGGCCGAGGGCGGCGCCCGCGGUGCGGGCCCAGGUUCUUCAGCCUGUGCGACUCGGACAGCUCAGAGGACCUGGGGCUGGAGGCCUGUGGCGAUGAUGAUGACGAUGAGUACGCGGGCGAUUGGACGGUGAGCCUUUCAAAGGCCGAGGAGCAAUGUCUUACAGCAUUGCCCUCCCCUGGACUUUGAGGCGCCGUCGCCGCUGCCUGCAGAGUGCUCCGUAGAGUGCGGGAGCCAGCAGCCGCGAGGCACGAGUCGGGCGCGCUGUCUUUUGUUUUGAGGCGUCGUCUCCGCCUUCCCUCGCCUCG